AAAUAAAAUGAGAAUCAUUCAUUCCCUGUUUGCAGCUCUAAAAAGGUGCAUACUCAAUGAAAAUAUCUCCCCGCGAGUGUUAAAAUUUAAUAGUUAUAUUCACUUACAGAAAACGUUUUUAAAUAUCUAAAGAAAAAUGCAGCCCAACGAACAUCUCAAGAAAGUCAUGAAAAUUCUCAUCUUUGCAUUUCUCUGCACCGAAAUGCGCACAAGCUACACGCAUCGGGAGCUGACGAAACAACGUGGCAUCGGAGCAUCAUCGUCCGCUGAAAAGAGGCGUCAUAGUCAAGCCCCUUAUCAGGCGUCGAUCCGUUUGAUUGACCAGGAGCUGGAUUACUUUGGCAAGGGUCACAUCUGCUCGGGGGCCCUUGUGGGUCCCUCAGUGGUGAUAACCGUGGGCCAAUGUCUGUAUAACAAUGCCAGUAAAAGUUACUAUCAUCCCGCCGAGCUGCGCGUUUUGUUGGGCAGUACCCAACGUUUUGCUCCGACUGCCCACAGUCAGGUCUAUGGGGUGACCCAUGUUUAUCAGCCGCCCAAGGAUCUAUUACUCGCCAUACUUAUGCUCGAUCAGGACGUGCCACAGGAUCAGCCAUAUAUACAGUCCAUACCAUUGCCUGUCGAAGGAAUAUCUUUGGAUCAGGCGACAGAACAAAUUCCAGCGCCAGCGUCAUGCCAAGUGAGCAGCUGGGGUCUGGCUGGAGAUGAGGGUCAAGAGUUGCAUGACAUGGUCACACUACGUGUCGAUUGCCUUAAGCCAACACAGCGGUGUGAGAUCCCUGAGAUGCUUGCAAAAUACUCUUCAUAUGAGCUGGAUGCAGGUGCUCCACUUACCAAAUCCAAUCAGCUAAUUGCCUUGUCCAGCGAAUCCUCCGCAAUCCCAGAGUCCACAUUCGUGGACGUGGCCAGGCAUGUGGAUUGGAUCCAUGCGAAGAUCGGCGAUGGCACCACUCAGAAUAGCUCCAUUUGGGGUGUUCUGGGACUGCUCGUAUUCACCGCCUACGUCAUCAAGUGCAGUAGCAAGAGUCUCCUUUCCUAGGACCUGUCCCGAUCGAUCCUCAUCCCCCUUUAUGUCUCUUCCUAAAUAGAUUUAAUGGGAAUACGUUUUAAGCUACAAAAAACCAACAUGAAAUGUGAUAAUCUCUAUAAGGAGUAUUCCAGAAAUGUCUAAGACAAUUUUAACUAUUCUAAAUACUUUGUUUUUUUCCCCCAUUUCUUUUACUUUCUAUGUAAAUAUUUCUAAGACCUUUUUUUUUUUCAAAUUUAAGUAGAAUAAUAAAUUUUAAGGAAGUUUCAGACAUGGCUAUUUAUGUAGAUAAUGUAUCCAAAAUAUUUAAGAAUUAAAUUUUUAUUUAAAUCUUAUCAUUUUUCCAAUAAAUUACAAUUUAUUUGUGAACACA